GGGAGGAUGUGAGCGUCGGUACUCUGCCAUCACCACCACCACCACCAUCCUCUGAGGAGACAGACAGACACGGAGACCGACAGGGCGCCGGUGCACCGACAGAAAACGACUCGUUCUCUUUGUUCACACGGAACAUGGCGUCAAAAUGUCCAAAAUGCGACAAGACGGUGUAUUUCGCGGAGAAGGUGUCGUCUUUAGGGAAAGACUGGCACAAGUUCUGUCUGAAAUGUGAGCGCUGCAACAAGACGUUGAAUCCCGGAGGCCACGCUGAGCACGACGGGACGCCGUACUGCCACAAGCCCUGCUACGCCGCCCUCUUCGGACCAAAAGGCGUGAACAUCGGCGGAGCCGGUUCCUACGUGUACGAGGCCCCCGUCAACGAAGCCCCUGCUGCCAUUUCUAUGGAAACAGAUGGCAAGCCACAGGAGCAGAAAAAAGCCCCCCCACGGGGGCCGGUGAAGGCUGCAAGCUUCUCCUCGUUCUCCGGAGGACCCAACAUCUGCCCCAGAUGCAACAAGACGGUGUAUUUCGCUGAGAAGGUGUCGUCUCUGGGGAAGAACUGGCACCGGCCCUGUCUGCGCUGCGAGAGAUGCAGUAAGACUCUGGCUGCCGGCAGCCACGCAGAGCACGAUGGACAGCCUUACUGCCACAAGCCAUGCUACGCUGUGCUGUUUGGGCCCAAAGGCGUGAACACCGGAGGUGUGGGCAGCUACAUCUACGACGAGCCUGCUGAAGCGGAGGCCCAGCCCUGAGCCCCGACGCCGCCUCCAACACCUCCAGGACCCUCCGCGUCUCCGUGUCUCUUUGCCUUCUGCAGUCAUGGUGACACGUGAUAUGUACCGCGAUCACAGGGAUGGAUAUUUAGAUGUUCUGUUGUAUUUGUAUAUUGUUUAUAUAUCUAUUUUUUGUACUGAUACAAACCUUUGACACGUCCUCCCAUGCGAGUUUCAAAUCUGCCUUUAAGUUUCUUGGUUCUCUUUGCCAAACGAUUAUGGAUAAAAGCACCAGUGUCUCUCACGAUUAAUAUAGUUUAUCAGACUUUUGUGCACAAGAUGUACUGUGCGAAACGUACCGGCCCACCAAUGUACUGUCAGUGUUUGUCGAACGGGUUCUUCCUGCUUCUAAACGAGGGAUGAGGUGUAGACGUAGCCGUACGCACAGAGACGUGCUUUUUCCUGAAUGUUAUGAAGGUGAGUUUCAUCAGUGCAUCACAUUUUCUACAGUAAAACUAUGUGAUACCAAA